UUCAGUUUGAUGAAAAAGGUGUACGUUAUUUUUCUUGCUUUAAACAAAUUGGAACGUACGUAUACCUAUGUCUAAUGGUUUAAGAACAGUAGUUCUUUUGUCGUCAGACUAAUAUUUUUAAAAAAAGACGAAAAAAUGAAACCAAGUGGAAUAAAUAUGUCCAUUAUUUGGUUAUUAUUGAUUACUAUUGUAACUUUUAUUGACCAUAGCAAUGGCAUUGCUGUUAUGAGUAUUGAUAUAGGUAGUGAAUCAAUGAAAGUUGCUAUUGUUUCACCUGGUGUUCCUAUGGAAAUAGCUUUGAAUAAGGAAUCAAAGAGAAAAACACCAGUUACAAUUGCAUUUAGAAAUGGAGAAAGAAGUUUUGGAGAAGAUGCUCAAAUAGUGGGAAUUAGAUCACCCCAAAAUAGUUUUUCUUAUAUUCUAGAUCUUUUAGGAAAAUAUAUAGAUAAUCCUAUAGUAGAACUUUAUAAAAAAAGAUUUCCAUAUUAUGAUAUUAUAUCUGAUGAAGAACGUAAAACAAUUACAUUUAGGCUAGAUGAGAAUACUACAUAUACUCCAGAAGAAUUACUUGCACAAAUUUUGCAUAAAGGAAAAGAAUUUGCAGAAAAUUCAGCUGGUCAAAAGAUAAGUGAAGCAGUAAUAACUGUUCCAGGAUUUUUCAAUCAAAUUGAAAGGACAGCUCUUAUGCAAGCUGCAGAUCUUGCAGGAAUUAAAGUGUUACAACUUAUUAAUGAUUACACUGCAGUUGCAUUAAAUUAUGGAAUUUUUCGCAGUAAAGAAAUAAAUGACACCGCACAUUAUGUAAUGUUCUAUGAUAUGGGAGCUAGCAGUACAACUGCAACAAUUGUCAGUUAUCAAAAUGUGAAAACGAAGGAAAAGGGAUUUAUUGAAACUAAUCCACAUGUUACCAUUUUGGGUGUGGGUUAUGAUCGUACUUUAGGAGGAUUAGAAGUGCAAAUUAGAUUACAACAUUAUUUAGCAAAGGAAUUUGAUGCAUUAAAUAAAACAAAAAAUUCUGUAUUUAGCAAUGUAAGAGCAAUGGCAAAACUUUUUAAAGAAGCUGGUCGUGUUAAGAAUGUAUUAAGUGCAAAUACAGAUCAUUUUGCCCAAAUUGAAGGAUUAAUAGAUGAAGUUGACUUUAGAUUACAAGUUACCAGAGAAAAAUUAGAACAUCUUUGUACUGAUUUAUUCGAGCGAGUAGCAAAUCCUAUUAAAAUUGCUUUAAAAACAUCAGGUUUAACAAUGGAUGCUAUAUCUCAAGUUGUAUUAGUGGGAGCUGCUACUAGAAUGCCAAAGAUACAAGAACAUUUAAGUCAAUAUUUAACAAUUGAGUUGUCUAAAAACAUUAAUACAGAUGAAGCAGCUGUAUUAGGAGCAGUAUAUAAAGCUGCAGAUCUUAGUAAAGGAUUUAAAGUAAAAAAAUUUGUUACUAAAGAUGCUGUAUUGUUUCCCAUUCAUAUUGUUUUUGAUAGAACAGUUAAUAAUAGAAUAAAACAAGUAAAAAAAUCAUUAUUUAAUAAAAUGAAUCCUUACCCACAGAAGAAAAUUAUUACAUUUAAUAAGUAUACAGAAAAUUUUCAAUUUCAUAUUAAUUAUGCCGAAUUAGACUAUUUACCAUUUAAUGAAAUAGCUGCUAUAGGUAAUUUCAAUCUAUCUACAAUAACUUUAUCUGGUAUUACUGAAGCUUUAGAUAAACAUCUUAAAGAUGGAGCAGAAAGUAAAGGCAUUAAAGCACAUUUUGCUAUGGAUGAAAGUGGCAUAUUGAAUUUGGUGAAUGUAGAAUUAGUAUCGGAAAAAUCAAGUUUAGCUCCUGAUGAAGAAGAGAGUACUUUUUCAAUACUUGGUUCAACUAUUAGUAAACUUUUUGCAGGAUUAGAAGACAAAGAAGGAAAAUCAGAAGAACCAUCAAAAGAAGAUAUAAAACCAGUUCAUGAAGAAUCUGAAUAUUCUGAAUUACAAAAGGAGACAGAAGAUAAAAUGAAAAAGAAAAAUGAUAGUAUAGUUACAGAAGAUAAUAAAAUAGUAAAUAAAACUGAAAAAAUAGAAAAAGAGAAAGAAAAAAAGGCUACAAUUGUAACAAUUAAAGAUCCUAUUAAAGCUGAUGAAAUCAAGUUAGGAUCAAAAAUUCUUUCUGGAGAUAAACUUGUUGAAUCUCAAGCAAAAUUGCAUCGUUUGGAUGUAUAUGAUUUCGAAAAAACAAAACGUGAAACAGCUUUGAAUAAUUUAGAAACAUUUAUAAUUGAUGCUCAACAAAAAUUAGAAUCCGAAGAAUAUGCUACCGUUGCUACAUCUCAAGAAGCAGAAAGCAUAUUGAAAGCAUGUUCUGAAAUUUCUGAAUGGCUAUAUGAAGAUGGAUUCAGUGUAACUGCUGAAAUAUAUGAAGAAAAACUAUCAUAUCUUCAGAAACUUACUAAUGAUGUAUACGAACGUGUUUAUGAACACAGAGAACGCCCAGAAGCAUUAAAAGGCAUGACAUCUAUGUUAAAUGCAAGCACAACAUUUUUAAAUAAUAUGCGCAAUUUGAGUUUAUCUAAUGAAAUUUUUACUCAAAUUGAAAUAGAAACAUUAGAGAAAGUAAUUAAUGAAACUCAGGAAUAUUACGAUACAAUUGUUAAAUCUUUUACUGAGACAGCUUUAUAUGAACCUGUGAAAUAUAAAGUUCGUGAUAUUGUAAAUAAAAUGGCAUUACUUGAUAGGGAAGUGAAUUAUCUUAUUAAUAAAGCAAAAAUAUGGAGACCAAAACAAGAAUCUACUACAAAUCAUACAGAGAACAUAAAUGAAACUACAACAAAUUCAAAAGAAGGGCCAGAAUCAGAUUCUAAGCCUGAAUCUCAGACAGAAAACCUUCAAAAUGAAAAUCCUAAAAAUGCAGAAGUACAAAAUGAAAAGUCAUUAGAUUCAGAAAAAUCCACGGAAUCAAAUAAUGAACCUAAGAUUGUUCAUAAAAGUACUCAAGAAGAAAUACAUCAAGAACUUUAAAAAAAGAUUUAUCUAAAAGUGUGUGAUUUUUAUUAUUGACCGAUAGUAUUUCGGUUAUUUAUAUAAUAAGUUAAACAAUUUGUUAUGCUAUAGGACAGAUUUAUGAAUGCAUUUAGAAAUCUAAAUCAAAUUCGAAAAAUUGUGUGUCAUUUUGGCUAGAUGAAUUAUUUUGCAAAUCUGAAUAUUAUGUUAUUUUAUUCAAUUUUAUAUAUUUGUAUAAAAUUAAUAAGAAAUAUUUAAUUCAUUUUUCAUACAAAAAAAUAAGAGUAUUAUUUCAUGAUGUUUUGCAUAUAAAAGAAAAAAAAAAAACCGACCAUCAUAUAAAAAAAUCAUUUUUUAAGUGCCAAGUAGUAAAUUUGAACAUAAUAGUUUUAAACAAUUAUUAUCAAAUACAUUUAUUAAAUGAAUAAAUUAUGAAGUCAUUAUUUAACAAAUGAUACAUAUACAUCAUUAUUUGGUCGGAUUUAUCUACUAUGAAUAUAAUGUUUAAUUGUGAUACUUUUCAUAUUUUAUUCUUAGAUAUGCUCUAUGCUAUAAUUUAAAGCUGAUUUUCUAUAUUUACAUCAAGCAUUAUAAUUACACAUGCAUACAUAUGAAACAAUUUUUCUAAAAAAACACAUUUUUAUUUUUAUUUUUUUAAAAAAAUUUCACAGUCAUUAUUUUUUACAUUCCUAAUUAAUUAAUCCUAGCCAUAAAAAACGCCUAACUUUACAGCAUCUUAUACACAUAUGAUACAUGCACGCGCCUCACUGCAUUUAUAAUAUAAUUUUUUAUAAUUACAUAUUUAAUUAUAUGAUUAAAUACAUGUAAUUUGAUAUGUCAUGAAUUAUAUUAAGUGAGGUGAAUCCAUAUCUAAUGUUGUUUGUUUAAAAAAAAUGCAUUUUUUAUACAUUUAAUAUGCAAUUUGCAUUUUAUAUACAAAAUAAUUUUUUUCUCUUAAAAAUUUCUCUAAAUUAAUUAAAUGCAAAUGAAUCUAAUUUAUAUAAAUUAUUGUUUUGGGCGAAUAAAACAAUGUGUAGGAUAUUAAUGAACAAAAGAAUAAAAAAAAUUGAUGUUAUUUUAUUAGCACAUUUUAUAUUAAAUUUAAUAAUUGU